UUCUCCCUCCCCUCCAGAGUUUCCAUCCACUGCAGACUCAUGUUUCACACAAAACCCACCAUGUGACUCCACAACUCCCCAAACCCGUAUAAAACCUCCUGUCAGUAGACCAGCAGUCCAGAGGAUCCAGAAGUUCAAGGCAGAAUCACAUGUGAUUUAAUUCCUCUGCUGGGGUCUUUUGAGACAUGGACGCCCCGGGAAACUCCACCGACCGGCUGGUUCUGCGCGCCCAUCGAACCACGGAAGCGGCCGCGGCCCCGAGCGACGGGAGCGCGUACCUGUACAUCCUGAUCGUCAUGUGUUUCUACGGCGUCUUCCUCUCCGGCGUCGUCUUCGGCUACUUCCGCUCCAAAAGGCGGGAGAAGAGGCGGACCAACGUGUUCACGCGCCUCGUGCACGAAGAGGAGAAGAGGGAGUGGGGCGCGCUCCCGAAGAAGCAGAGCCUCACUUUCCCCGCCGCUGCUGUCCACGUGACGCUACCGUUCUGUGGUAACCAUGGAAACGUCUACGCCACCGCCUCACCGCUGGCGUGCGCGCUCUGCGCGGAGGACAGCAGCGUCAGCUCCCUGUGCUCCUCCGCGGACACGCGCAUCGCCAUCGAAGAGGAGUCGGACAGCGGCACAGGCGAGGGGCCUGAUGAGAACCUGAGGGUGGCGCCAGAGAGCAGCGGGGAGGGAAGUGGACCAAAUCUCAGUAGCGCCACGCACCUGUUCCCCUGAAGGGGCUUUGAGCGAAACACACUCCAUCUUCAGUAUCAACGAGCAGAGACUGAAGUGUCAAAGACUUUUCCCACCGCUGAGUCCCAGCUAGCCAGGAACGCUGGUUCCAGACCAGGGCGAGUCACUAACCUGAAUGUAUGUUUCUGACCUGUGGGAGGAAACCAUAGUGCCAGAACCAAAAGAGGGCCUAAAGUCAUCGGGGUGUUGAACCAUUUUAGCGUUGAAAUUAAUACAAGUUUUCUAUUAAUAAUUCAAAAUGGCUGCUUCAAGAACAGGUCACCGCAGUGAGACAGAUGACGAUGCAGAGAUGAUACCUUUAAUGUAACGUAACUAAACAGGCGAGGCCUCUGCAUUAGGAGCGCUGCUGCAACACUGUCCGAGAGGCCUGGAGGCAGACCAACUUGACAUUCCUCAGUCAGAGUUUGCACCCAGAUCAUGGAGCAGAACCAGUCCUUCUCAUCUGUAUCCUCUCAAUUUCAAGCAGAAUAGAAGAUUUUUUUCUUUUUCUUGAACUCCAAAUUUUUUGCUCCAGGAACUAAACAGUCUUGACUGACUCCACCUCCUCCCUACUAAGACCACCAGUCCGAGUGAAACCCCGCCCUGCCUCUGGUGUGAUGACUCACCCCUGCAGGGAGACUUCAAUGAUUUUGUGUUUUUCUGGUGUUUGAUGGGGGGGAAAGAAGAACCUGGGAUCCACUUGAACGACUGCACAUGAGUGUGUUGUAGCUUCAGACACUCUUCAUACACACCUGCUGCAAGUUUACUUGUAUGUAUAGUUUGUCUUCACCAAAGCGUGUCUUUAUUUAAAAAUGCAUUUGAGGGAAAAAUAAAAGUUGUUUAUAGCAGCCUGUGUUGUAAUGUCACUAGACACCAGCAGAGGGCAGUGUUUACACAUGGACGCAGAUGAAAGGACCGUUAUUUUUAGAAAUAACGGUUAACGAAAUGUGAGCCGUGACAAUGAAAGCGGGGGCGGAAUGAGACUCAUGAAGAGUUUAAUUCAAAACCCAAGGGUGAGUUUCAUUAAAGAAAGGAGUGAUGUGUUCUGGCUGACGAGACACAGGAGGCUCCCUGUGGGGACCGCUCACAGCACCAGCACCAGCACCAGUGUAAACCACAGGGAGGAGAUGCAACGCUGACUCUAUGAUGCAUCGACAGGCCUGAUGGCAUCAGUAAAUAAAUCUCUAACUAAUGGUCCCUGAGCAUCUUCGUGCACUGCAGCUGCCAAAAACACAUCUAGACUGCUCUCAUACAGUUGAUUCAUUGUGAGAUGCACAUUCCAAGAAGGUUUUUGGAAAGCAGAAGAGCCUGUUGCCUUCACUUGAGACUAAACUAAUGAUACUAUGAUGGUUGUAGUAUCUUGAAAUGUGAAACAUGUCAUUUGCAACUGUAACACAAUGCACAGAGAGUUGUCAAGGUUGCAUGUUUUUUGUUCUCAGCAUUUUUAA